GACAGUGGCAGUCUCGGUCGGCGCGUCACGAACGACACGCUCGCUGACCGACGUCGCUCGUAGAGGAGUAAUACUAGUCGUGCGACCGGAGCAAGCGAGGCUACUCCGCUUUCAUUGAUCCUCCUGUGUGUUCGUCCCGCGGACCGUUUCGACUUUACUCGCGUUGCUCGACAGCGACUCUCGAGGAAUCUCGUCGAGGACGAAGACGAAGACGACGACGACGACGACGACGCUGACGCUGACGCUGACGACGACGACGACGACGACGACGACGACGACGACGAUGGCAAGAGUAGCGCGACCGCGGUCGCGUGCAGUCGUCCCACCGACGGACUCACGUUACUCUCGUGCGUGAUUUCUUCAGCGGUGGAGGGAAGCCCUCGGAGAGUGAUCGGCUUCGUGGCAGUAGUACAACGGUCGUCGCGGGCAGCGACGGACCGAUCGCGGAGUCGUGUCGCGUGCGUCGGCGGUCUUCUCGGCAUUCGUCACGCGAAAUCGAUAAACGGGGACGUCGCGAAAGGGAGAAAGAGGAGAGAGAGAGAGAGAAAGGGAGAGAGAGGCGGUCGCUUACGCGCGCACGUUACAAUUCGCGUCGUGAAAGGUGCUAAACCAGGACUCGAGGGCGAGACGAGAGAGAGAGAGAGAGAGAGAGAGAGAGCGCGCUCGAGAAGAGAGAGAGAAAAUAGAGGCGUUCGGGGAUAAUUGCAGGAAACGCGAGGAGUGACGGCGACCGCGGUUGGACUCGACUAGUCGGGGAUCCUCGCGACGUUUCGCUUCGCCGCGGAAUCCGAUCUCUUCGCGGGGAGUUUUUUUUUUCGGGCGGCCGCGCGCCGCACGCGCGAAUUCGAGGGGUCCUUCCUCGGUACCUCGGUGGAAAUCAUCGGAAUCGACGCUUCGCAGCCGCGCAUUUCGUUCGCCCUCGAUUCGGCACGCGUCGUCUCUCGCCUAAUAUACGAUCGCCUGUAUACGAUCUCAAUGGAACGUCGUCGCGAUCGCGCGGCGACGACGUAUCAUAGUAACCUUGAGAUCCCGUCAAGGUAAUCGGGAUCCUCCCGUGCCCGAGAGCGCGGCCGUCGCACGUUCUCCUCGGCCUCGCGCCGCGACUCGCGAGAGAGCACGUACGGUCGGUCGGGAGGACGCGUCGUCGGCAGGACGCGUGAGCGGUGCGAUUAUCCGCGAGAUGAAGAAAAGCUCCAGCAUGCCUCGAUCGAUAGGCGCACGGCCUUCGCCGGACUGACUUCCUCGCGCACGCAACGCGAGAGAGCGAACGCGCGUCGCGCGCGUUCACCAAGGAGCACGUGUGCACAUCUAUACGGCGACGACGACGACGACGAGACGGUCGGAGACGCAGGAUUGGUAUAGCUCGGUGAUCGGUCGUCGCGCGGCAACCCCCGACGGGGAAGAAGAGUGGCAGCCGAGUCGAAGCAUGUGAUCUCCGCGGGGUUCAUCGAUCAUCACGCCGCCGCGCCAGCGUGGGAGGGAUGUUGCGGCCGCACAUCGGCAGGAUUACUUAACGUCGGCCGAUCCCAUGCGUGUCCGACACGACGGUGGCGAACGUCGAUGUCCGCGCGACUGAUGCGAACGACGACGAGGGGAUUGUCGGACGCGACGAUGAACGAUAACGGCGGCGUAUAGACAGGUGGAGUAUCGUUGACCGCGCGAGAAAGUGUGUAUAUACGCGCGUCGCCGCCGUGGGAACGCGAGCGCGAGGGAUAGGAUAGCCGCAGCACAGGUGGCGGUGGUAAGGACGAAGCAGGAAGACAGAAAGAGAGAGAGAGAAAGAGAGAGAAAAAGAAAAAGAGUGGGGGAGUUAAAGAGAAAAAAAAAAGGUAUAGCGCUCACUGCGUGUAUUGUCCUGAGGGGCGAGACCUGUCAGAACUGUGGAAGAAGUAUACAAUGGAAGGAUGUACAACAUGUCAGUAUAAGUGAAUGACACUGAAAAGAAGAGAGUGAAAAAUAUAGAGGGAAGCGUAAGACAGAGAGAGAGGAAGAGAGAGAGAGAGAGCGAGACAAAAAGAGAGAGAGAGAGAGAGAGAGAGAGAGAGAGAAAGAGAUAAAGAGGGAAAGAGAAAGCGGAAAGAAGCACCGACGAUGAAGGAACACGGCAACAAACAACAUCCGGCGGAACCGGCGGCGAAGACGCUCAAGUCGCUGCUGAAGAAGCCGGGCCAGACCAAGGCGAAGUCGCAGAAGCAUCGCGUGGUGAUCAACGAGAAGCUGAACGAGUUCUUCGCGGCGGACUACAUUAUACUGAUCAAGGAGGAGUGCUGCGCCGAUUACGAGGAGGACUGCGACUGCUGCUACCAGGAGCACGAGUUCAUGCGACUGGGUAACUGCAAGGAGUGCCGGGCGGAGUUGAACCUGCACUUCGAACGCGGUGGCGGAGGCGGCGGCGGCGGCGGCGGCGGUGGGACCCGCGGAAAGAGUCAGCAGGGUCGCGAGGACACGCAGGCGGAGGAGGACGAGGAGGAGGACGAGGAGGAGGCGGACGACGGCGAGGAGGAAGAGGACGAGGAGGAGGAGCGGGAUGAGGAGGAGGAGGACGAGGAGGAGAACGUCGACGGGAAGGUGGUGGAGAAGGUAGUGUCGGCGACGGCGGCUACCGCAUCGGCGGUGGAAGGGAAGGACGCGAGCGACUCGCGGGGGAACGUGGACGCGGAGGACGCGGCGAAAGGACGUCGGCCGAAGGAGACCGCGGCGGCGGAUUCCCAGGGGGAGAGCGGAACCGUGGUUCCGCCGCCGCCGCCGCCGCCGCGGCACGAUCAGCAGCAGCAGGAAACGCUCAGCCCGCCGGAGGGUUACAAAGACGUGUACUCCGACAACGAGAUCGCCAACGAGACGGAGCAGCGUGGCCGCGCCGCCUCGUCGUCCGCAUCGUGCACCGAGUGCAAUUACUACCAGCAACAGGCAGCGGGUCUUAACGAGAGAUACUGUAGUACAGAAAUGGCAUUUGUAUCAAACGCCACGACGCCGCUUUCCGCGCUUUCCAUUAAUAUGGCAGAUUUAACGGGCGGCAUAACGAAUUCCGCGAGGAUCUCGUAUUAUCCGAAGAUCGUCAAAUGCGAAUCGCAAGCGAAGGAUCGUGGGAAUGAGCAGGAUACGCAGGGCAGCAAGGACACGGCGCAUCACGACGGUAAUCAGAGGAAUUUGCAAGAGAAACAGCCUCGGGCGUCUCACCCCGAUCUGCACCAUCGUUAUCUCGUGGAAACAAUAACGAUGACGACUGUUACGGAGCGGCGCAUCGUGCGAGAAAUUAGCGAGGAGGAGCGGAAGGAUUGCUUCGGGCGAUCCGAUGCGGACAAAGAUAAAAGCAUUUGCGACGCCCCAAAGGAUAACGGUUUUAAUCCGGCGCUUUGUCCCGGGACAGGCGGCCCGAUGUCGAUCGCUCAUCACGAGAACGCGGCGCAGUUCGCCGCACGGUGUAACGACACCGACGUCACAGAGGAUCGUGACGGUAAUGCAAACGCCAAAAAUUCGUCGGGCAACGACAAAAGAGCGGCUACGGCGGCGGAGGCGGAACGCAUCAGCGAUCAAACGGCGCCGGGCGAGCAGUCGCGCGAGCAGGAGGCGAAAGACCUGUCCCUCGUUUUCAAGCUGGGCAACGUGUCCCUCGCCAGCAACAGCUUGAAGCCGAAUUCCGCGGUCAGACAGCUCUUUCCCAACCCGAAGUUCAUCUCGCCGCCGCCGGUGCCGGCCAACAAAGUGACCUGCCCGGAGCACUCUCAAGACGAAGCGCAGAAGUUUCUGAUUACCGCCGAGAGUCUGCGGCUGUUCGACGCGGUUAAAAAGUCGACGGUCCCCGGUGGCUCCUACGAGUCGCCGGAGUGCGAGUCCAGCUCGAUCAAGCGGUCCAUCGAGCGGAACACCCUGCGACGGAGCCUGAUCGGCAAGUACAACACGGUGAACACGCGCAAGAAGAGUCUGCGGCCGAAAAAUCUGUCGCUGGAGGAGCGGAUCAGGCAGCUCACGUGCGUCGAUCAGGACGACGAGAAUCUGGACACGACCGACAGCUCGGACAACACGAAUUCCGCGAGCGACGCCAAGUACGGCGGCGAUCUCUCGAUACGAACGUCGCCGCUGGGCGAGGAACGGCCUAUGUGCGAGUCGCUGCCGGCGAGCGUGGCCUCGGCGGAAACCACUGCCAUAACGAUGGUGUCGAGAUCGAACUCCUUAACAGCGGCGGCGUCGACGACGACGACAGCGUCCACCUACAGGAAGAUCACGGACCUGUUCGCGCACAAGAAAAACGUCCAACCGAAUCUACCCGAUCUCGGGAUAGGCCCGGGCGGGAGAAAUCUCCUCGUCAAGGAGUGCCAGUCCAAGAAUUCCUUGACGAAGAUGAACUCGGACGUGCGGAGGCAAUUACUAGCUAGUCUGGCGCCGCUGUCCUGCGUGACAGUUAACAAUUCCGACAACCAGGAUGAAUAUUACCGAAACGACUCCAGGAUGUUGGCAUCCACGAAUCGUGAAUCGAUAAGCUACAACUCGGACUCGUCGUACAGCUUGGAGGACAUAGAGGCUGCUCUGAAUGGCGACGGAAAGUAUGCCGGUCAGCCGGAUGUGACGAGAUGCACACCGAUAGGCAGCAGACCCGACAUCGGCGACAACACCGCUGAUGAAUUGCUCGCGUUUGUCGAGCAGGACAAGUCGAGAAUGGAACGAAUAAAACGCCGCUACAACGAGCCGGAGGACCGUUACACGUUCAUUAACGGCUACCAUUCCGAGGACAAGGCCGUGAAUACAUCGUCCGAGAAUUACGAUGGCAAGGCCGUCAAGAAUCACGACGGCAGGGACGCGCAGCAGGCGGACAAUGAGGAGGAAGAUGAAGACGAUGAGCUCAACGAUUACGGGUUCAAUCGACGGCCGUCGGUGACGGGUAUCAAGCAACAGUACGAGGCUACCAAUGAGGUCAUUCAUCGCGCGCGAUCUUGCGCCGGUGCGGCUAAUAAUGAUGCUAGAUCUGGCGCGAUAUGGCCGAUGUACUGCGACGUGAAUGGCGACAAGAUAGAUGCGAAGUCCCUGUUGACCGCCGACGGAGUGGACGAGGCGAUCCCCAUACCCGCGGACGCGUACGCGACGAUGGGGAACUUCGAGCGGGACACAAACACGAUCAAUCGCAUAAACUCGAUGCAGAAGCAGAUCGACGACAUAUAUCAGACUAUCGCCGAGAGCACGGCGGCAACGGCGAAUAUCCAGGGUAUCUCCGAGCACACGACCUAUCUGGAGAACGCGAUACCGCGGCAGUUUGUCAGAACGCAGUCCGCCGACGGCGCCGCGCAUCUGUACGCCGAGCACAGAAACGGUCAUCACUACUUCCAGGAGCAACAGCAGCUGUCGAGCACGCGCAUGCUGCGUAUCGCGGGUGGCGGUGGCGGUGGUGCUGGCGGCGGGACCGGCGGCGGCGGCGGCGGCGACGAUAUCGCGGGUGCGAUAUACACCAACACCCUGUCGAAGAUGCAACGUCGCAACCCGCCGGUGACGAUCGCGAACUACCACUGCAACGUCCUGCCCGCGGGUGGUGCCGUGCCCGCCGUCAACACCAAGUGCUACCGCACCAUGUACUUUGUGCCGUACAACGGCAUGUCGGAUCCCACGUAUCAGAACAUACAGCGCAUCCUGCCGCCGCAUUCCUCCCCGAAUUACGCCAGCCACAUCGAGCGGUACCCGUAUCCUCGUCUGAACAAGACCAAUCAGCAACAGGCGCUGUACUAUAACGCGAAUCGUUCCGCCACGUCGCAUUCUAAUUUAAAUACAUCACCACCCAUCCCGCCCCCGCCGCCGCCACCGCCGCCGCUCGCGUCCGUCUCCAGCCCGAAUUCCAUGCCGUUGCAGAGCGGCCAGCAGGCCUUACACCUGCACAUACAUCCUCAUCAGACCGAGGACUUCCGGUCGCCCAACAUGGCGUUCUCCCCCGUGCCGCACUCGGCGGUGCAUCCCAUGCAAUUUCAUCAUCAUCAGCAUCAGCAUCAGCACCAGCAUCAGCACCAUCACGGCGAGAUGGCGACGUACCGCGUGCCCAUGCAGACGACGCAGCAAUCGCCACCCUCGUACACGGUGAUCGCGCCCUCGAGAUGUAUGCCGGCGAGUAACCAGGACGGCUAUCCGUUGUACCCGGCGCACCUGGCGCGCGGCGCCGCUGCCGCCGUCGCCGUCGGUACCGCCACUGCUGCCACCGCCGGCGCUGUCGCCGUCGCCGCGGACAUGCAAACGCAAACGAUCUCCGUCGCGGCCGCUUCGUCGUUCUCGUCAUCAUCGUCCUCGUCGUCCUCCUCCUCAUCGUCCUCGUCGUCGUCCUCGGCAUCGGCGUCCGCGCUGUCGUCCUCGUCAUCCGCCGCCACCGCUUCCCUAAAAUGCACCGGGGUCAUGAGUAAUAACAACAAGAGCUGCGAACCGUCCUACGGUGGCAGCAACGCGCAGCAGUCCGCAUCAGCGAACACUCCGCUCGCGUGUCCGGUAUCGUCGUCGUCGACGGCGACGCCGACGGCCGUCGCCGGGUCCUCGGCGACGGUGAUGCAACUGCCGCGCGCCGUCAACACGUGCGCGGUGACGGAACGCGGGGUGCCCGAGGGCGCCGCCAGCAUGCCCGCCCGAGACUUCCCGCAGUCGACCCUCGGCCCGGUCAACUCGGCGCCGCCGCACGUCAUGCUGAUGUCCAACUCUUACGUCGAUCCCAACGCCAGUCUCAUGUCCGCCCCGGCCAAUACGCCGAACACGGUGUACUACGCCAUGAACGUCUGA